AUGGCUCCCCUUAUCCCUGCGACAUACGGGGGACUCGUAGCAGCCGCAGACCCCCAAAUUCCCCGUUUACCAAUCCCUUUCGAGCAAAUCAUGUUGGGACGUUGUCUCCUCGGCGAUCCUGAAUCCAAAACCAUAUUCCCCAAUUGCGACGUUGGUGUCUAUUGUUUCAGGUUGAGCAUGGGUUCUCCCAUCAUCUUCAAGGCUGUGGCAUUGAUGUGCCACGGGAAGACGAUGUCAAUGUACGACUUCCUGUGCAAUAUCGUGACAACGGUAUUCUUUGCAAUCCGAGACGCACAUCCGGGCCUUUCAAACAUCGAAGCUUGCAGUAUGGUCCUGGAGAUGUAUGUGAAGCGAGUGCGCGCAGUAGGACGAUUUGGAAGUAAAGUUUUUGUGCAAGUGAGCUAG